GUACGGUUCGUACUUCAUACGAACAUUCUAUCAAAGAACGGCCACGGACUCACACAAUAAAUAUUCACAUAUACAACUGCGAUACCGAAUAUCCACAAAGCCAAAUCGACGAACAAUUCCAGUCGAAGCUUCUGGAUCGUUCCCCGUGCGCUGUAUUCUAGUACCGAUACCGACUGUUUACCGUACCGGCCAACGUUGAAUGAGUGAAAACUUGCAUCAAAACGUGUUUGGAACAAUCAAAACAAACCCAAAAAGUUAUCUUGCAUUGGGGUCAUUGACAAAUUUCAGUAUCACUUUUGUUAUUAUUAUUAAAUCAAAAGUGGGUGAUUGCGCCGAAAGUGUAUAACUAAAAUUAACAGCACAUGCAUCGAAUCUCUGAAGAUACUAGUUUAAAAAUUUUCCGUGUCGCGAGGUGUGAAAUUGGCCAUUGCGUCAUAGCUCGGGAUUUGUAUGGUGAUUUGGUGUUAAAAACUUGUAGCAGCAAUUGAUCGAUCAAGAUCAUUCAUAGCUUUUGUGCUCUGAUGUAAUAGUGAUCAAAGUUAAGCAAUCUAUCAAGGAAUUUUGAAACUUGACAAGAUUGCCGUUGAAGAAAUUUGAAAGGCUUCCAAAUACAAUAAUCUGUUAUAUACACUUAAAAAAGUUAAUAGUUAAUAAAUAUCUCUAACACCAAAAGCAGUUGUUAGAAUAGUUUUGGUUUAUCAUAUCAAGAACACCAAAGCUUUAGUAGUCCAUUUGUCACUUAUAACCGUGACAAUAGGUACCAGAACUUAUCAAUUCCGAAAAGAUUUAGAUAAAUACCAUAAAUCAACAAGAUGGCGUUCAUGAUGCCGGUAAUGAAAAACGAUUGGGAUAUCUACAAAUCCAAUAGGUCCCGCAAGACCUCCGAAUGUUCCAACAGUAGUGGCUGUAGAAGUCGCAAAGUUUCGGAAUGUCGCAGCGAAUGUCAAAGUUCUUUGUCAUCAUCCCCAAGUGGCGCUGAAUUCAUCCCUUCGCCACACAGGAGUUACAGCUAUUCGCAUUCGUCAAGCUAUCAUCCUCCACAGACUGCCAUGCAACAACGGCAGUUUUCAAGAAACUCGUCCAAAUCAUCUUUGGGACAAUCGCCCGCUAAAAGCAUUUCCAAUAGUCCGCCAAAAAACGGAACGAGUACGAGUUCAGGAAGCUUAAACAAGUUUCAUACCAGGCUGGUAGAUAAGCUAAAGCGAUCGUUGAAACGCGAUGGUUCUGCUGGAACCGAUGAAAGAUCUUCAUGAUAUGGUGACAAGGUAGAAGGGAACGAGGUAAAAGAAGCGUGGUGCAAGCCGAGGUCAAAGUCGCUGUCCGUUCCCAGAGAGGUGGUCGGGAGAUUCGAGUUUGUUGGAGCUAAAGGUAUAAAAUAGAGUAACGAUUGUUAUUUAAACCAUACGCAAUAUCGUUAUGAAAUAAAUAAUAACGAUUGCAAGUCAACAUUUCACAACUUUCCCGCCAAUAAUAACUACACAAGAAAUACCAUAUCAUAUCUCUAUUAAAUCGUAAUAAUGUGAAAGUGAGGUUAAUUGAAAAAAAAAUGUAAUAUGAUACAUUUUCUGUUACAUUUUUUAUUUAUAUUACGAUAUUGCGUCUGGUUUAAAAAGAAUGCAAGAUUAGGUGAAGAUCGAAUAUUGAAAUAUUUAAUAGAUACAUAAUGUAGGACAAGUCAUAUUUAGUUAAGGAAGUUUUGAGGAAUGAAGAUUUCUUUAAAUAAGGUUUCUAAGUAUAUGUUAAAUAUUAAGUUCUGUAGGCGAAUGAAAUUAAUAAGAAUUCGUAGACCAAAAGUUUUAAUUGGCUAAAAUUGGCAAUUUAAAAAGAAAAUAUAAAAUUAUACCGAAGAUGGUUAUAUACAAAAAUUUCGUACAAACAGGUAGAUUCUUAUUACUAUUUCUAUUUAUUGAUACUCAAAUAUUUAUAAACUUUGGUUAUCAUUUUUUAAGAAAAAAGAGUUCAUUUCAC